AUGAUGACGAGUUCCCAUGAACUGCACUACCUGACCAUUGCGGAGGCUGCGCCUUUGAUCCGCGAUGGUCACCUGUCUCCAGUCGAGUUGACGCAGGCAUAUCUUCAGAGAAUCGGGGAGAUCGACGGUCGUCUGGAUUCCUACGUCACUCUGUUACCCGAUCGAGCCCUGGAGCAGGCGCGGCAAGCGGAGGCUGAGAUUGCCGCCGGCAACUAUCGGGGGCCGCUGCACGGCAUUCCGAUUGCGCUGAAGGACUUGUAUGACACCGCCGGUAUCAGAACUACCGCCAUGUCCCGAGUUACUCCGGACCGAAUACCGCACGAGGAUGCAACUACGGUAGCCAAACUUUACGAAGCGGGUGUGGUGUUGUUGGGCAAGCUGGCGAUGCAUGAAUUCGCGCUGGGAGGCCCCGAUUUUUCGAGCCUGUUCCCGCCGGCGCGCAACCCAUGGAACACCGAGCACAUGCCAGCGGCAGCAGCAGCGGGUCCGGCGCCGCGGUGGCAGCAGGACUUUGCAUGGGUGCGCUCGGAUCGGACACCGGAGGCAGCAUUCGCGGGCCGGCUUCCAUGUGCGGGAUAG